AUGUUUGUUGGACCUAGUUUGGUUGGUAGCUUGGGCCGGUCUAAUUGGAAAACGAUUAGAGAAUCUCCCUAUUUUUUGCUACAAAAAGGUCCACAACACCAAAAUAAUAAUUCAAAACGAAGUAACGCGUCAGAAUAUCGAAUAAUUACAAAGGGUUUUCCACAUUAUCGAGUCGCUAAUCAUAACGACUUUAAUCAAAUUAAAGAAGCGUUUGAUUUACUACAUCAAGAAGUUAUAUCUGGGGUGGAGGGUAAAAAGACGGUAAAAAAGAUAUUAAAACAACUAAAGAUAUGGUGUUCAAAUAAUAAAAAUAUCACACUUGAAGAAGUUGAUGAGUAUGCUUCGGAUACUUCGAUAUCACCAGAUGGAAAUUCUUCUGUUGAAUUGGAUUAUCAUGAUGACCCUUAUCCCUUAAUUUCGACUACAAACAACAUAAGUAGCAAUUCAUCAGCAGCUUCUACUAAAUCUAAUAACGCUAUAAUAAAUGAGAAAACAAAUAUUACGACUUCUAUGGAUCAAGAAUCCUUUAGUCAAUCUCCUGAAAGAUUAGAGUUUCCCGCAAAUCAAUCUGAUUAUCCGGAUUCUGAUAGUUCGGAUGGUGAAGCUGCUGUUGAUGAACAUGUCGAUGUCGAAAAUGCUGAUAAUUCUAAUAAUAAUAAUGUAAAUGAAUGGUUAUCUAUAGGAUGUACUUUAAUGGAUUCUUUAAUGGGUUGGUUUGAGACUCCCCCGAUUGAAGGUGCUAAUUCUGUUCCAAAACAGAAUCAUGCUACUGCAAGUACUUCAAAUAAUAAGAAUCAGACGAUAUUAGAUAUUCCGUUGCAAUUUAUAGAUUUAUUAACUUAUCCUGAAGUUGAUACAAAAGCCUCAAAAAAAGCUUCAUUUGCAGCUGUCAGACAAAGAAUUGGCUGGGCGAAACAAUGGGCUGGCUCACUUUUCCGCAAUAGAAAUACUGCUCCUAGUUCUGUUAAAAAUGCUCAUGAAACAUCUGCCACACGAAUGUCAAAACAUUCUACGCAAGAUGCUACUAUACAGAGUGGUAGUUUGAGUGACACAACUCAUUGUGGUUCAAUGGUCGUAAAACCAUCUUCAAAGAGAGGUGUCUUCUUUCGUAAAAGUGUCCAAACAGUUCCCACCAAUUCCAAUUUAAAAGAUGGGGGAUUGGAUCGUUUGGCUGGAAAUGUAAUUUCAUCUGAAUCAGUUUCAGUUAAUGGUACUUCGCAAAUUGAUAUUAUAAAAUCUUCGGCUUCUUCAUCAAGUACAACUCCUUCAGCUGCACCUACUAGCAAUACAACAAUACAAACUUCAUUAAACAAUCAUCCACAUAUGUCUUCGAUGAAUUCUUCUAAUACUGAAACACAAGUGACCACCACCCCAAGUACAACCAAAAGGCGUUUUUUUGCAAAGAGGAUUAGUGGCCACAAUCACUCUUCUGCUAAUCAUCUAUCAAAUGGGCCAAAUGGUGUACAAGGUUCAUCUGACAUAACUGAUAGUAAAACGUCUACGUCCAUAGUACCAACCAAUAAUUUUAAUACAUCAUCUAUUAGUAAUGGGAUAAUUCAUAGUGCUAAUAAUAAUGUCAAUGGAACCGUUUAUAAUGGAAAUGUUGAUACUGAUUCUAUUAAUUUUAAUGAUUCCAAUGAAUCGCGAAAAGUCAAUGAAGUUGUAAAGUUCGGUCGAGUAUUCAUCAGACUUGGUAAUCGUAAAAUAUUGGACAAUGAAACAUAA